AUGAAGCCGGGUCGCGUCCACUGGCCUACCCUCUUCAGUCUCAUGUUCACGGCCAUGUCAAUGGGCGCCUGUCGUGACGAACGCUCAAUUGUCGGCGGAUGCAUUUCCACUCGAGCGCAUCCUCAACUUCCUUCUAUGAACGCGAUCACAGACGAGGACAUACAAAGGGGCAUGGGCCUCUUCGCCACCGUCUGCGACAACUUCGGCCCCAUUAUCAACAUGGAGAAGACGGUGAUUAUGCAUCAACCGCCAUCCGACGCUGCCAACGUCGUUUGCCAUAUCAACGUGAACAGCGCCCGACUGAAGGCAAUGGACAACGUCACCUUUCAGGGCAGCACCCUUUCUUACAACAUCCAAAAUCGACGACGAGGUGACCCGUCGCCUGCAGAACAGUAGGUGGAAUCGUCAUGGUCUCCACCUAGGCACCAAGCUCAAGACGUACAAAGAUGCCAUCUUGAUGACGCUGCUGUAGGGGGCGGAGACCGUGACGGUGUCUAAGAGGCAGGCGCGGGAGCUCAACCACUUUCACCUCAGCUGUUUUCGCGGAUAUUGAAGUUGAAUUGGUAGGACCGGAUCUUGGAUACGGAAGUACUGGGACGGACAGGAAACCUCAGCCUCCGCACCAUUCUGGAACAACUGCAACUGUGCUGAAACGGCCAUCUCGUGCGGACGGCCGACGAGCGACUACCAGAACGACGCUUCUAUGGAGAUGUCGACACGAGUUCUCAUCGACAAGGGUGUCAACUCCGGCGAUAUACACUCCGAAGACUUCCUUAACGCGCCUGAAGAUCAAUCUGGAGAACUGGGAAGAUCUCGACCGGAACCGACAGACCUAAAGGAUAACAGAGGUAGGAGCAAUGACCUACACAUUGGUCUUAUUGGACAUCGACGAACCAACUGCAGCACCCGACGAUGCCAACUGAAGCCUUCCCGUUCACCUCUACCCGUCCCCCUACCCCGACGGCGUUCCAGAUCGCCUGCCACCAUCCUCCACUACAUUCCACGCCUUAACAUCUGCUGCGACGGGUGCUGCCCCCCACCACCACUGGGCACAGUCCUGACGCACCGUCAAACGCCAAAAUCACCACCGCCAGCACCCAUCAUUGUAACCGCAUAUUCACCUCACAUCGGGCAAGUCGGUCACUUGCGAAUCCACAGCACAGAGACUGGCGAACCAGUGCCUGGGACACUCGCAUACACUCGACGCAUCCGCAUCAACUGCCAUCACUGCCACCACACAUUCAGCCACCGAAUGGGCCUAUUAGCUCACAUGCGUACUCGCGAAAACCUGCGUUAGACAUCCGCCAGCUACACCACAUCCGUGCACCUUUGCCCACCAAAACUUGUACCACACAUCAACAUCAUCUACCAAGGCAGCACAAUGUCAUGCUGCACUUGAAUCGAUGACGAAGUGACACACCGAAUCUCGCACGCCCCACGACUAUAGGAACAUGUCCGACGUCCCAUCAUCUGAUACCAUCAUCAAUAACACCCCCACCUCCGGCGAUGUGGAUUCAGUCCCCACCUGUCCUCAUUGCGAUCGUCCAUUCACCUCACACAUUGGCCUGGUCGGUCACUUUCGUAUCCAUCGCCAAGAAACUGGCGAACCUGUGCCUGGGGCACUUACACUCGACGCAUCCUUAUCAACUGCCCUCACUGCAGCCACACACGCAGCCAUCUCAAGGGCCUACUAG